AUGCAACUCGUCUUCGCCGAUCAUCCAGUUCCUCAGACGGUCACGAAAUCUUUAUUUCUUGCUGGUCCAUCACCGCGUGAUAUUCAUACUAUCGAUUGGAGACACGAAGCUGUGCGAUGUUUGAGCGAUUUCGAUGGAACUGUUUUCAUUCCGAUUCCUGAACAUCAGUUCUAUGCUAAAAGUAGUGAUGAACGCGUGAAUAGCGCUUCAUGGACUUAUGAUGGGCAGACUUCGUGGGAAUGUGAGUGUCGUCAUAUAGCUGAUGCCAUUGUUUUCUGGAUUCCUCGUGAUAUCAAAGGAGGAAUGCCUGGAUUCACGACGAAUAUUGAAUUUGGUGAAGAUCUUCAUUCGGGAAAAAUCGUCUACGGACGUCCGGACAGUGCCGAAAAGUGUCGAUAUCUCGAUAAACGAAUGGAAGAACUUCAGUUGCCGAUAUUCAAUUCAUUGUCAGACACACUUCGACAUGCGAUGUCUCUGCUUGGUCAAGGUGCUCCUCGAAAGCAUGGUGAAGUUUAUAUUCCAUUAUUUAUCUGGAAUACGCAUCAAUUUCAGUCAUGGUACUCGAAUUUGAAGUUAGCCGGCAACCGUCUGGAGAAAGCGAAAAUCUUACAUCAUGCUGAGUUCAAACCUCCUAAACACAUCUUUUCCUAUAUUUUAUGGGUAAAGAUUUGGAUAGAAAAAGAAAAACGGUAUAAGGAAAACGAAUUCGUCUUCGCUCGCAAGGACAUCAAUACAGUUGUAGCCUAUUAUCGAAUAGACAAUGAUACUAAAAUUGCGAUCAUCAAAGAGUUUCGCAGUUCUGUAAACAAUCCCGAUGGUUUCGUUUACGAAUUACCCGGUGGCAGUGCUAUUCUACCGACAGAAAUUGAUCCUCUACUUAAUGCUAAACAUGAACUAGAAGAAGAAGUCGGUUUAGUGAUCGAUGAUAUAUCACGUUUCAAGUAUCUCGGCCGACGACAAUUAGUGGCUACACUUUCAUCUCAUCAGGCAGAACUUUAUAGUAUCGAGUUGAGAAAGGAAGAAUACGAACAACUCCUAGAAGCUGAGAAAAAGAUGAAAACAUUCGGUGUUAAUGACGAUACGGAAAGGACCUAUGUGCAAUUGAUCAGUAUUUCACAAUUGCGAGAUAGUUUUCUGGAUUUUUCGAUGCUUGGAAUGAUCUAUCAAGCAUUGUAUUUUCAAUCAUAA